AUGAAUGAUCUGUUCUCAGAUUCAUUAAAAAAGUACACGGAUCAGAACCAGCAGGUGGACGAGGAUGAUGUGGAGGCCGCGAGGGAAAAUGUUACACUUGAUAAAUUCUUUGAAGAUGUUGAGAAUGUUAAGAGUGCGAUCAAAAAUGUUGAGAUGUUGUAUCAGAAAUUGCACGAAGCUAAUGAAGAAAACAAAACUGCCCAUAAUACCAAGACUGUGAAAGUAACUGGAGCCCGGAUGGACUCGGAUGUCCAGCAGGUUCUGAAACUAGUCAAAUUCAUCAAGGGCAAGCUCAAAGCCUUGAAACGCUCCAACGCAGCUAGCCAGAAGAUUCCAGGCUGCGGUCCUGGUUCAUCAGUUGAUCGAACCAGGACUUCAGUAGUCAGUGGACUCAGAAAAAAGCUCAAGGAUAUGAUGGAUGAGUUUCAAAAUUUCAGAAUCAGAGUGCAAUCCGAGUAUAAAGAAACAAUUGAACGCAGGUAUUUUACCAUCACAGGACAAAAUCCAGAUGAAGAAACGAUUGAGGAGUUAAUGUCGAGUGGUAACAGCGAAAGUUUAUUGCAGAAGGCGAUUAAGGAUCAAGGGAGAGGCGAGAUUUCAGAGACGAUAUCAGUAAUUCAAGAGAGACAUGAUGGUGUAAAAGUGAUGGAGAAGAAUCUGAUGGAGCUUCAUGAGAUAUUUCUGGAUAUGGGUGCUCUUGUUGAAGAUCAGAAUCACCAAAUAAAUGAUAUUAAAAGACAUGUUACACAAGCAAACUCAUUUGUUAGAAAUGUGAGUAAAGAGGUUCAAGAGGCCAAGCAAAUACAAAAGACUAGAAGGCAAUGGACUUGCAUUGGUUUCUUUGCGGUUCUUGUCGGUAUUGUUAUUAUAAUGCCAUUGUUCCCAAUGCUCCUGAGGAACUUCACUAAUAGUACAUUGAUGUUCAUGAGAAUCUGAAAACAAGCAAGGAACCAAGAGCUCACGCCGUUACUGAAAUUCUAAAUCAAAUUCCUCACAAAACCAAGAUAAAAGUAUUUGUUUUCCUUUCCACUGAC